UACAAUUACAAUUUUAUUUCUUUUACUAACUAAUUAAAUUUAGGUGAAGCUGUAGUCUACUAAAAGUAUUCGAAGGUAUUAAUAAUUUUUAUAAAAAAAAAGUUAAAGGAUUAUGUAUAAACAGUUACUCAGAAUAAGAAUAACUUUAUCAGAUAUAAUUAAACAAAAAUGUUUAUUUAUUUAAUAUUAUUAUAAAGAUAUUUUGUAUAUUAAUUUUAUAUAAAGAUUUAUAAUUUUAUGUAAAACAUUAUAUUAAAAAAAAAUAAAAUGGAAAAAGUAUUAGAUGCAUUAAAUGCAAAAAUAAUUGCUGCAAAUAAACAUCAAGAUUUGUUUCUUAAGUACAAAACAUUAUGUACAGAUGAAGACCGUAUAAUGUUUACCCUCAAUGUUAUGUUAGAAUAUAAUAUAGUUCCUCAAGUAUGCGAUAAUAAAAAAGAUGCAAAAGAAUCUGAAAAAUUAAGAGAACAGGGUAAUAAGAUAUUUAUUUCAACUCCAUUGAAAAAUUAUACUUGUGUAGAAGCAUUGAAGCUAUAUACUAAAAGCAUAGCUUAUGCUCCUUAUCCAUCUGAACAACUUGCUUUAGCAUAUGCUAAUAGAUCAGCUGUUUUAAUAAAAUUACGUAAAUAUGAAUUAUGUAUUCAAGAUAUAGAUAGAACAUUAGCAUUAGCAUAUCCAAAUAAUCUACGUGCUAAGCUUUAUAUAAGAAAAGUUGAAUGUUUAAAUGCACUUAAAAAUCCUAAUAUAGAAGACACUAUAAAAGAAGCACAAUAUUGGUUGGAAAAAAUGUCUUUAGAUAACAAAAAAAAAUUAAAUGAAAAAUUAAAAUCUAUAAAAAAUAUGUUACCAUCUCAAAAAUUUAAAAAAGAAAAGUUUAUGAAACAGGCACCGCUUCCUAAGAUAAAGACUCAUAAUAUUGAAGUUCCUUGUGCUUCUGAUGCAAUAACAAUAAAAUAUAAUGAUAAAUAUGGUAGGCAUAUUGUAGCUACCCGUAAAAUAAGUCCUGGUGAAGUAAUUGCAAUAGAAAAACCUUAUUCAUUAAUUUUAACUCCUGAUAAUAUACAUACUCAUUGCUCAAAUUGUUUAGAAGUAUCUUGGGCUAAUAUACCUUGUGAACAUUGUACAUAUGCUAUGUAUUGUUCAGAAGAAUGUAAAGCUAUGGAAUGGAAAAAAUAUCAUGAUAUUGAAUGUGCAAUAUUUCCUUCCAUGUUAAAAAUGAAUUUUGUUAAAUUAGAUUUGUUUAGUUUGAGACUUGCUAUUCAAGCUGUAAGAGAAGCUACAAGUAUACAAGAAUUAAGAAAAGAAUUAGAAGAAGUUGAUAGUUGUGAAGAUCCUCGUACAAAAGGUUUUUCUAAAAAUGGAAUGUUUCUUAGUGAUAAAUAUAGAAGUUUGUUAGGUCUUAUAACUAACACUGAAAAACGUUCAGUACAAGAUCUCUUUAGAAGAUCCUUAGAUGCAAGCUUUAUUUUAUAUUUUCUAGCAACUUGUAGUAAUAUGUUUGGAAGUCCAUUAAAGAAAGAUUUAUCCAUAUUAAUAAAAAAUGAUAAUGUUAUAUUUGUUGGUGGUCUUAUAUUAAGACAUCAACAAUUGAUUCCUAGUAAUAUUCACAGUUUCUCCGAAGAAUGUGGAUUAGAUGCAGUUGAACGUGGUAUUGCAGCUAUGCCAUUUUUUAGUUUAAUUAAUCAUAGCUGUAAUCCAAAUAUUUUAAGACAUUCAAGAUCUAAUUAUAUGAUCAUUUAUGUUAUAUUUCCUAUUCAAAAAGGUGAACAGUUAUAUGAUAAUUAUGGUCAACAUUAUGCAAUUACUCCAAAAGAAGAGAGACAAAAAGAACUUUUGAAACAAUAUUAUUUUAAAUGUAAUUGUCUAGCAUGUCAAGAAAAUUGGCCAUUAUAUUACAACUUAAAAUCCUUUAAAAGUUUAAUUAAGAAGAAAGAAGAUGAAAACAAAAUUAAUCACGUAUUAAGAAAAUUCAAUAAUUAUGUCGAUAUUGCGACAGAAGGAAAUAUAUCGGAUAAACAUAUUGUUGAUGACUUGUUAAAAAUGAUUGAAGUAUUAUAUGAUUUAGUGCCAAUGCCUUGCGAGGAAAUGAAUAAUGUGGUAGAAACUUUGAAACGUGUUUAUGAUUUGAAUGGAAAUCGAUUCGAAAUUCCUGAUUUUUAAAUAAUAAACAAUAAAAAUUAUACAAAGAAAAAAAAAUUA